AUGGAACAAUGUCCGGCUGGAAGCGGUUGUUUUCGUGGCGUCUGCUGUCCACUGGUCUGCCCCAGCGGCCAAGAUGCUACCGGCUUUUGCGGUCCAACUUUAUCCGUGACAAUGUCAUGCUCACAACAGAUUCUGGCUUCCAGGCUAGCUGUGUGUCCGGAUGUUGCUGUCAACAGCAUGAGCCAGUUCGCAUGCCAGUUUGCCGCAGUGGUGUUACCGCAGCUGCCAGAUGUAACGUCAAUGCGGUUUGUCUUCCUUGCUGUUACAUAUUUGCAUAAAUCCGCUACCGUAUUUUUUGGCUCACUGAACUGA